AUGGAAUUGUCCCAUUCGCCUCAAGCCGGAGGGUUUGCCACCGAAUCCUCAAUUCUCUGGAGCAGCAUUUCAACCUUGACUGUCAACACUGUCUCUCCUUCCCAUCUCCCCCCCAGAAAUGAUUCCUUCCUCGAUGAACCUUCACACAACUUGGGAGAAACUGAAAGCGUGGGUUACGUUCCCAGCGUCACCGGAAUACUUAUCCCUCUCAUCUACAUUAUCGUCUGCAUCGUCGGUCUGGGUGGGAACACGCUGGUCAUCCAUAUCGUGCUGCAUUACUCCCAGACUGUGUCAGUCACCAACAUUUACAUCCUCAAUCUGGCCAUUGCCGAUGAGCUGUUUAUGUUGGGUUUGCCCUUCCUGGCAGUGCAGAAUGCCCUCCUCUCUUGGCCCUUUGGCUCGCUCAUGUGCCGCUUAGUCAUGACUGUGGAUGCCAUUAACCAGUUCACUAGCAUUUUCUGCCUGACGGUAAUGAGCAUUGACCGCUACUUGGCGGUGGUGCAUCCCAUACGGUCCUCUAGUUGGCGCCAGCCGCGAGUAGCUAAAGUCGUCAACGUGACGGUGUGGGUGGUGUCUUUCAUCGUGGUGCUCCCGGUGGUGAUAUUCGCAGACGUGCUUCAGGACGACGGCAACUGCAGCAUUGUGUGGCCGGAGCCGGCGGAAGUGUGGAAGGCGGCAUUCAUUGUCUACACAGCCACGGUGGGCUUCUUUGGCCCCCUGCUGGUCAUCUGUUUGUGUUACCUUCUCAUCGUAGUCAAGAUACGAAGCGCCGGUCGAAGAGUGCGUGCCACCUCCAUCCGCCGGCGCAAGUCGGAACGAAAGAUAACGCGCAUGGUGGUGAUUGUGGUCGCAGUGUUUGUCCUCUGCUGGCUACCCUUCUACAUCCUUAACAUUGUCAACCUUUUGGUUCUUUUGCCCAGAGAGUUUAGGGGCCUCUACAUAUUCGUGGUGGUCCUCUCUUACGCUAACAGCUGUGCCAACCCCAUCAUCUACGGCUUCCUGUCAGACAACUUCAAAAGGGGUUUCCGGAAGGCUCUGUGUCGCUCAAGUAGGAGGGUGGAGAGUCAAGACCACCGCCAAACUGGAAUGCACCCUCAGCAAAAGGAUGACGUAGGCAGACAGCAGGAGGCCAAAGACUGCCUUACAGGGACUGUGGUGGGAGUAAGAGAUGGAGAAAUAGAGGAGGAAGAGGAAGGAGAACAGUACAUGGAAGAGACCAUGGAAGAUGCUACACAGAUGAUGGAGAUUUGCAGGAUAACACAUAACGGAUGUGAGAAUGGACAGCCGGAAAGUUUACAAAAACAGCUUUCGCAGAAGGGAAAGGAUGAAACAGCUGGGCAAAGCCACGGAAUCCAGACUUGUGAGAUAUCUGGGGCGGGACCAAGUAUCGGGCCCACCGCUGUCCUCAAUGGGGCGAAAAAAGGAAAUUUUAAACCACGGCUCGAAGAAUCAAGAAAAAAUACCGCCACGUUAGACAUCAGUUGUUUGUGA